UUAUCCCAUUAACGUGAGCCUCGGACCCGGCGCAUUUUAACAAUUUGGCGAACGCGCUACCCUGGCCGUCCGGCACCUGAAAUUCGAAACAUUCAGGGAUUAGGGUUCGUCUGACUUACGCCACACUGCUCACAAUACACCCAUCAAUAUGGGCCGUUGAUUCCAAGUGCCCACAGCACCGCUCGAAUCUGAUGGCCGUGCCUUGUUGGACCAACCAAAACUCCCCGGAUCAGAAGUAAGUGCAUGACCACAAUCGGACGGCUGAUAAUCGAGUAUGUGCUCUCGAUAACCCCGUGUCUCCUCCAGGCGCACAAUAGCUCAUAUCCGAUAUAAACUCUAUCCUCCUCCAUGGAUGCGCAUUACUCACUCCUCCCCAAUCUCUCCUCCUGUUCAGCAAGUUUUCUAUGAAUUUUUUGAAAUCCUAGUUGCGUUCUUCAGAUUUCUCAGCUAUUUCUCUCUCACCUCUGAUCACAUUGACGCAGAUUUUCGAAUGAUCGUUUUAUUUUAUGGAAAAUCUUUCUCGGAAAGAUCGGAAUGAAGAAUUGGGAGUUUUUAGGGUUUCAACUGAUCUGGAGAUAAAGCAUUUGUACUGGACUUCGUCGCUCCAGUGUGGCAUCUUCAGUUUCAUGUCUUGAAAGUGGAAGCAAUGUCUGAUUUAACAAGUAUAGUGAAAGAAACUUCUGAGAAUGGUACAGAUCUGUCUCCAGAUGAUAUUGGCUCCAUUGAGGAAAUGCCUGAGGACACAAUCUUGUCGCAACAAACUUCUGUGAACCUUGUACCUUUUAUUGGCCAGAGAUUUGUUUCACAAGAUGCUGCUUAUGAAUUUUAUUGCAGCUUUGCAAAGCAAUGUGGCUUUUCAAUCAGACGCCAUCGAACUCGAGGAAAAGAUGGUGUAGGUAGGGGAAUUACUAGAAGGGAUUUUACUUGCCAUCGUGGUGGCUAUCCACAGCUGAAGCCAUCAGAUGAUGGAAAGCUGCAAAGGAACCGAAAAUCAUCACGUUGCGGGUGUCAGGCAUAUAUGAGAAUUGUUAAAAGGGCAGAUUUUGAUGUCCCUGAAUGGCGGAUUACUGGCUUUAGCAACAUCCACAACCAUGAACUCUUGAAAUCAAAUGAGGUGCAGCUACUUCCUGCCUACUGCACCAUGUCUGCUGAUGACAAGAGUCGAAUAUGCAUGUUUGCAAAAGCGGGGAUGUCAGUGCGACAAAUGUUAAGAUUAAUGGAGCUAGAGAAGGGUGUUAAGCUCGGCUGUUUACCAUUCACGGAAUUAGAUGUGAGAAACCUGUUACAGUCCUUUAGAAAUGUGGAUCGAGAUAAUGAUGCAAUUGAACUUCUUAAGAUGUGCAAGGAUAAGAAGGAUAAGGAUCCCAACUUCAAAUAUGACUUCAAGAUAGAUGCCAACAAUAGGUUGGAGCAUAUUGCCUGGUCAUAUGGUUCAUCUAUUCGAUCAUAUGAGGCUUUUGGAGAUACCAUAAUAUUUGACACAACCCACCGUUUGGAUGCAUAUGAUAUGCUUCUUGGGAUUUGGAUUGGAGUGGACAAUCAUGGAAUGAACUGUUUCUUUGGUUGUGUUUUCCUACAGGAUGAAAAUAUGCAGUCCUUUUCCUGGGCAUUAAAGACAUUCUUGGGUUUCAUGAACGGAAAGUCUCCACAAACAAUUUUAACUGACCAAAACAUGUGGCUCAAAGAAGCACUUGCUAUUGAAAUGCCAAAUACCAAACAUGCUUUUUGCAUUUGGCAUAUCAUUGCAAGGUUCUCAGAUUGGUUUUCUGCACCACUUGGGUCUCAAUAUGAUAAAUGGAAAGCUGAAUUCCAUCGGCUCUACGAGUUGUACUCAGUGGAGGAUUUUGAAGUAGGAUGGAGGAAGAUGGUUGAUACAUAUGGACUACAUGGAAAUCGACACAUUGUCAGUUUAUAUGCAUUACGUUCAUUUUGGGCGCUGCCAUUUUUGAGAAGUUCCUUCUUUGCUGGGAUGACAAGUACAUUUCAAUCAGAAUCUGUAACUGCUUAUAUCCAACGGUUUUUGAGUGCACAAUCUCAGAUUGAUAACUUUGUAGAGCAGGUGGCUGCUAUUGUUGAUUUUAAAGAUCAAACAGGGGCAAAACUAAAGAUGCAGCAGAAGGUCCAGAAAGUCUCCCUCAAAACGGGUUCUCCUAUUGAGUCCCAUGCUGCUACUGUGCUUACACCAUAUGCCUUCUGUAAAUUACAGGAGGAGCUUUUGUCAGCCCCAAAGUAUGCAUCUUUAAUGUUAGAUGAAAAUUAUUUCAUUGUGAGACACCAUACAGAAAUGGAUGGAGGGUGCAAAGUGCUUUGGGUCCCUCAUGAUGAGUUCAUUAGCUGUAGUUGCCAUGAGUUUGACUUUUCAGGCAUCCUUUGUAGACAUGUCCUUCGUGUUCUUUCAAUAAACAACUGUUUUCAUAUUCCAGACCGAUAUCUACCUGCCCGCUGGCGUGAUCUCUGCUCAUCUAUGACUAGGCCCUUCCAGGUGUCUACUUCAAGGGAACAUGGAGGGAAGAUCCACUUAUUACAGUCCAUGGUUUCAACACUUAUUGCAGAAUCAGUGGAGACAGAGCAACGGCUUGAUGUUUCUUGUGAUCAAAUUUCGAUGGUGUUGUCUCGUAUCAAGGAAUUUCCUGGACCAGCACAUGGUGCUAAUGAUAUUUCAUACAAUAGCCCUUCUGACUCAUUGAUUCUUCCAGAAGUUGAAGAUUCUGAUAGUAUGAUUCACAGUUUUAAUGUGGGAAAUCCUCAUCAUUCUAUAACUCUGGGAAAGCUGAAAGAGAGAAGACAUAGAGAUGGGGUAGAUAUCUACAGGAAACGGAGACGUUGCUCUGUGCCUUGCUGUGGGCAGUUUGGACAUGAUGCAACUGAUUGUCCAAUGAUAGGAGGUGAUGAUUUGAAUGGAGAUGGGUUAGGAUUCUUGUAGGUAAAUUGCUGGAGCUUGUUAGAUGUAUAAAAGCAAUAGCUAUAUUGUGGCCUAUAUUCAUACAUCAUCAAUAUUAGAAAUUUUCUGUCUUUCCUGAAGCAA